AUAAAUUAUUCACAGAAAAUGAUUAAAUCAACGUUGAAAAAAUUAUUAAAUAAAUUAUUCUAUACAUAAUUAGAUAAGCAAAUUAAAUAUUAUUCAAUAAAUAAUAAAUAAAAAUAUGGCAAGAAGUCAAAAAUAUGGUAAUGAUACAAUUGAUGUAUUGAACAAAGGAUGUAUUGAUAAUUUUAAUUUAAUUGCAUGUGGACGAAUAAGUUUACUUGUAAUUAUAAGUGGAAUAACAUGUUUAUUUUUGUUAUUAAAAAUAAUUAAAUAUCAUAUUAAUAAACAUUCACAAGUUCAUCAUUAUGUUAUAUUUUAUGUAUCAAUAAUUGAAUGUCUAUCAUGUGGUGCAAGUACUGUUUUUGGUGUUCGUUAUCCACAACUUGAUUUUUCAACAAAUUUUUUAAAGCUCCUACAAUUUACAUUGAUUGCUCAUUAUUAUUGGUCAAUAAUAACACGUUCAAGACAUCGUGAUGACAUACUGCAACAUGUUGUUAAUCCAAUAUUAUGUUUGUUUAUGCUUUAUUGUACAAUUGUUGUACUAAUGGGAAUGGUUGAUACAAGUGGUACAUGGAUUGAGUGUUUACGUCCAUACUGGUUAAUGUUAUCAAUUGCUGAUUUAAUUGCUGUACAAUUAUUUAGUAUUGUUAGUCUUUAUAUAACUCAUUAUAGUUAUCAUAAACAUCAUAAUCAUACAAAGACUAAUAACAACAGAAAAAAUAUUAUAAUUAAUUCAAAAAGUCGUGAUAUUUGGAUUGUAACAUUUGUCUAUCAACUAUCAGCAAUUGUAUCUGUUUUAUUUGAUAGUAUUAUGGUUAUAUUUUGUAACAAUGAAAAUGGCUGUAGUGCUAUUUAUCAACACACACAAAUUUAUUAUAGUUUUAUAAAUUUUUUAUUUAUGAUUAUAAAAUUUUUUUUACCAAUAUGGAUAUUAUUAUGGUUGUUUAAACCAAUAAGAGUUAAAUCAAGACCAUCUGAAGUUGCAUUAACAUCACAUUAUAAUAAUAUUGAUGGUAAUUAUUAUAGACAAAUAUUUUUUAAUGGUGAUGAUAAUAAUACACAAAUUAGAAAUGAUAAUUCAACAAUUAAUUAUCCAAUUGAACAAUCAUCAAUAUAUGGUAGUUUUGUUGAUUUUUCAUGUACUGAUAGUUCAUCAUCUGAUUUAUCACCAACAACAAACUAUUGGUCAGCAAAUAAAUAUGAAAAACAUUUUAAUAAUAAUGAUAAUUGUGAAAUUAAUAAUAUUAAUUAUUGUAUUGAUGAAAAUUCACAUAAAUAUGAUAAUAAUAUACAAAUUGGUAUACAAGAAAAUAAAAAAAAACAUUUAACAACUAUUAAUGAAGAGAGUGGCGGUGGUGGUGGUGGUAUAAUGAUGGAAAAUUUAUAUGACUGAUGAAUUUUAUUAUUGUUUUUUUGAUUUUUAAAUUUUAACAAUUGCAAAAAAAAAGGAUACAAGUGAAUUAAAAUCUUUAAUUCUACUUGUUAAACUAUCCUUCCAAAUGCUGUGAUGUGAAUGAUCUUUAUAAUUAAUUAUUUAAAAGGAAAAUAUGGAAAUUAUUUAAAAAAGUCAUUAAUUUUAAUAAUAGUAAUAACAGUAAUAAUAUUAAUAGUGUAAAUGAUUAUUUAUCUAAGUAAUGUUUGUAUAAAAAAAGUAAAUAACAAAAAAAAAAAAAAAUAUUAACACAUGUUUUAUUGAUAUUAUUAUAGUGUGUGACGAUAUUUAUUAUGCACAAUAUUGUUUAUGUGCUAAUGAUGAAAUAAAAUAUACGAUGAAAAAUAAUAAUUAAAAAAAAAAAUUUCUAAACUUUUUUUUUAUAUAAAUUUAGAUUAAAUACUUUUUGUUUUAAUCAAGGUUUAUAAUAAAUUAAACUUACUGCGUAUAAUAUUGAAAGAAAAAAAAAAAAAAAACCAUUAAAUCAUUUUAGUGAUUAGAAUAUUUUUUAAUGUUGUUUAUAUUUUGAAUGAUAAUGACAACUGAUUAAUUCAAGAUUGACAUUGGAGUUUUAAAAAAAACAUAGUUGAGAGAUAAUAAUGUUAAAUAAAAAAAAUUAAAAUAUCAUCAUAAAAAUGACGUUGAUUUCUUUCUCGAAAAUAAAGAAAAAAAAAAUUACAUCAAACUUGAUAACAAUUGUUUAAAUAUUUAUCCGAAAAUUUCAAUACAUCGAGGAUAAAUUUUGUUUAGUCAAAUGAUUAAUUAACAUAUUGUUUAAUUAACUAAAAUUUUUACAAUUUUUUAAUUAAUUUUAAUUUAUUUAAAUUGUUAUCUUAUCAGUGAUGUCAUGAAUCAUCAACAUUAAAAACAACAUAUAUAAAAUAAUAAUAAUAAUUUUUGAAAUAAUAGAAAAAUCUUGACAAUUAUUUAUAAUAUUAUUAUUCAGGCCAAUAAUUAUAUUAAUUGACAUGAAUUAUAAUAUUUUCUAUGAGACAAAAAAAAAACAAAGAAAUUUUCUUAAUCCUAGAAAUAUUUUCAUCAUAAACUCAUUGAACCAUAUUAAUAACUGAUGAUGAUUUUAAAUUGAUGAAUCGACAGUCAUCAAAAUGGUUCAUCAGUGAAGAUAAUAAAUAAAAAUCUUAUUAAUGAAGUUUUGAAAUAAAUAAUAUGACGUAUACAGAUGACGUUGAUGAUAAAAAAAUUUAUUAGAAUUUAUUUCAAUAAUAAUCCAUAGAAUAUUCAAGUUAUUGAAUAAAUAAAAAAUAAUUAUUUCAGAUAAAUAAUAAUAAUAAAUACAAUACAUUGAUUAUAUGUAAAAAAAAAAAAAAUAAAUAAAUAAUAAAAUAUUUAAACAAGUGAAGAAAAACAA